AUGACGAGCAAGCUCAAUGAGGUUAGAGAGUUGGAUGGGUUACUCUUAGGGAAGAAGAACACUUUGGUUUACACCCUCAAGGCAGAAGGCGAACAAGGCAAAGGUCAAAAGAUGGUUUGGAUAAUGCAAGAAUAUGUGCUCGAUGAAAGUUUAGGCUCGCUGUUCAUCAAACAAGUCUUGAUAGGAGGAAGCAAUCACCAGUCCAUUACACAGAACUUGAGGUUGGCGAGCCAAGCUGCAGUGGUCAAUGGAACUGUAACCCACAACCUUAUGAACCAAGCAAAAAGUCCAAGCACUUGGUUGGCUUGCCAAUUACCCACAAAGUCUAGUCCUUUUCAGGUUGAUGAUCAGUUUGGCCAAAUAAAUAAUAGGCUAAUUGGCCAGUACUUGGUUUAUGAAUGUUCUGGAUCAGAGGUUGGUAAGUCCUCAAGUGAAGCAGCUUGCCAAUUGACCCAACAGCAACCAGAACUUCCUAAUCAACAAGAAGCUUUCGUGCCUUUGAGUAGUGUCACACCACCAACACGGGAAAUCAAUGAAACAAAUUCAUCAGGCCUAAUGGUCUUCAACCACAAUCAGUACAUUAGACAACUACCAACCAUGAUUGACAGAAAUGACCCACUGAUUCCUCCAAUGGUAAACUAUGAUGAUCAAUAUGGGUUUAUUGCUGCUGGAAGUAGGGGACAACAGAUACCAUUUGAGUCCUCCUCAAAUGUCGGUUUUCAGAAAAACCUUGUUUUCAGCAAUGAACAUGAUGAUCAUCAGCAACUGCAGAACAACAUGAGUACUUAG